CAUCGCGUCUCUUUCCUCACCCAAUUUUUUCUUGCCCAACCCACAAAAAUUUGUCAACAAGACCCACUCCCCUUCGAAACUCACCAACCCACAAGUUAAAGCUAUCUCCCUCCUCUCACGCCAAUCCAAAAGAAUCCAGCCAAAUUCCUGACCAAAACCCAGUUUCUCAUCCAUCAUUCGUUUAUUUAUGCGCAUACUUCCGUAUGCAUGUAUAUGACUUACCACAAAUGUACGCGCAUUUAAAAAGCUCAAGCGGCUGCGUUUUCUCCACCCCCACCCUUCUCUCUUUUUCCACUGGAAAACGACCCCACUGGAGCGCACUCCCAUUAAAGAUCCCCCCUCUCUCCUUCUCCCGCUAAUCUCGCUACAGAGAUCUACCAUGUAUAAAAAAGCAAGCGAGCAUUUUGUUUCCAGGGGAAUAAAGCUAUAAAGAUCUCACCUUUGCUUGAUUUUCUUCUUCUUUUUUUGCCUUUUUUUUUGGGCCAAUUUCUGCUUGCCUUCUGAUCUGGAUCUGACGCUUCUACCGUUUUUACCCAGUUCCUUCAUCUGGGUAUUCGUCAAAAUCACUCCUUUCUUUGGCUCCCUGAUCCGGGUCUCUUCGAAAUUUCAAUCUUUAGUUCGGUCUCUGUCCCAAUUUUUGAUCUGGGUGUUUUUUUUUUCUUUCUAUGAGCGGCGAGUUAGGGCGCUAAUGGGGUGCGCCACGUCGAAAAAGGCUGUCCUGGUGACUCCGGCAUUGGAUUCUUCGGGAAUUUUGAGGGACAACAAUGCGUCAGACACGGUCUCGACGACUUCAUCGAGGCGUAGGGCUGGAUCGAGACACCGGGAGGAGGAAGAGGUGAACCGAUGCGAGUCGAGUGGCGAACUGGGGAAGUUGAGCCUGAAGAGUGCCAGCUCAAUGAGUGUUAGAUUGGGGAAUCUGCACAAGUACAUUGAAGGCGAGCAGGUUGCGGCCGGAUGGCCUGCUUGGCUCAGUGCCGUUGCUGGGGAGGCUAUUCAAGGUUGGGUGCCCCUCAAAGCCGACUCCUUUGAGAAAUUGGAGAAGAUUGGGCAAGGCACGUAUAGUAGUGUAUUCAGAGCUCGAGAUCUUGACACUGGGAAGAUAGUUGCAUUGAAGAAAGUGCGGUUUGACAACUUCGAGCCUGAGAGUGUUAGGUUUAUGGCCCGAGAGAUUCAGAUACUUCGGAGGCUCGACCAUCCAAAUGUUAUUAAAUUGGAGGGAUUAAUUACUUCACGAUUAUCUUGUAGUAUUUAUCUCGUCUUCGAAUAUAUGGAACAUGAUCUCGCUGGAUUGUCAUCUAGCCCUGACAUCAGCUUCAGUGAAUCACAGGUUAAGUGUUAUAUGCAUCAGUUACUCUCUGGACUUGAACAUUGCCAUUCACGAGGUGUCAUUCACCGUGAUAUCAAGGGGGCUAACCUUCUGGUGAACAAUGAAGGAAUCCUUAAAAUGGCUGAUUUUGGCCUAGCAAAUUUCUGGAGUCCUGGGCAUAAGCAACCGCUAACUAGCCGUGUUGUGACUCUUUGGUAUCGUCCACCUGAACUUCUUUUAGGUUCAACAAAUUAUGAAGCAAGUGUUGACUUGUGGAGUGUUGGAUGUGUAUUUGCCGAAUUGUUACUUAAAAAGCCCAUCUUACAGGGACGAACUGAGGUUGAACAAUUGCAUAAAAUUUUUAAGCUCUGUGGUUCCCCAGCAGAAGAAUACUGGAAGAAGUCUAAGCUGCCACAUGCAACAAUAUUUAAACCCCAUCGGCCCUAUGAAAGUUGCCUUCAAGAGACAUUCAAAAGUUUACCAUUAAGCACUUUUAGUCUACUGGAAACUUUGCUGUCAGUUGAGCCUUACAAGCGAGGCACUGCAUCAACUGCUCUUGCAUCUGGAUACUUCACAACAAAGCCUUAUGCAUGUGAACCUUCAAGCUUGCCUAAGUACCCACCUAACAAGGAGAUAGAUGCAAAAAGUCGUGAAGAAUCACGGAGGAAAAGAAGUUCAAGAACUUCUGCUAGAGUAAAUGGGUCAGAUGCAACAAGAAGAUCAUCAAAAACAUAUAGACCUCCACAAGAGGCAAAUGAAACAAAUAGAUUAGCAGCUCGCCCUGAGGAGUCAAUCCAUUCUCAUGGCUUGAAUAGAUAUCGAAAGCCAGAUCAACCUAGAGGAAAUGGUGACCUACAGCCUUUGCCAUCAAUUAAUCCAGCAGAUGAUAGUCAAGAAACAAAGCACGAUUCUAAAGAAGACGUGAAUUUCUCAGAUCCAUUACGUGUUAAUGCUUCCAGUGGCUUUGCAUGGGUGAAGAAACAGAAAGACGAGCAUUCGGUCAUUAGAUCUCACAGUAAAUCUAGUUCAAGAAGCCAUGGUUCUUUUGGCAGCUUAGAUCCUUCAAAUAUUAUCCAAGCUAAAAAUGGUCCCCGGUCUAAAGGGCAAACAAAUAAAGAAGUUGGAGAUGAGGCUCAUGUUGUUUCCAAAGUCCAUGAACAUUAUGAGAUCGCCAAGCAAGCUAUGCUGAAGAAGUGGGCACAGUUGGAAAAUCAAGACUCAUUUAAUUCUUCUGAACUAUUUCAUUCUCAAGAUUUCUCUAGAGGACUUUAUAAGGGAGAUGUAGUAUCUUCAAGGCGCGAUGAUUUGAGCUACCAAGAUCAAGCCGAUAGAGUUGAGUUUUCUGGGCCUCUAUUAUCUCAAUCUCACAAGGUAGAUGAACUUCUUCAGAAGCAUGAACGGCACAUCCGACAUGCAGUUCGUAGAUCAUGGUUUCAAAGAGCUGCAGGAAGAAAGCAAAGGAAGUAGAAUCCAAACUCUUUCCAUCCAUCGGAACAGAAUCCCAUAGGUGCUUAUCAUGCUGGUAACUCUGAGUUAGACGGCCUAAUAGCUUUGACAGAGAUUUCAAUGGAAUAAUAAUCAAAAUGAUUUGCGAAGGCUGAUGCACUCUAAAAUUGUCCUGCUGAUAAAGCUGAAAGUACAGCGCUGCAGAGGACUUCGCAUAAUUCAGUUUCGCUGUUUGCUGAAACAGUGCGCUCUCUUGACUUCUGAAAGUGUAGAGGCGCUUGGGUGCUUGUGGAGAAGUCUCAGAGAUGCCAAAAUUCUGUAAAGAAAUUAUGUAUAUAUUUCAAUUUUUUCUUUGAGUUUAUACAAUCAGUGGAUAUCGUGAGUGUACAGAUUAAUAUCUAAAUGGGUAUUCCAUUUCAAACUUUCUUUAGUUAA